AUGACGGUUAUGAAUCUAAAAACUAAGCUUUCUAGUUUGUGGAAAUCUAUUGGAAAAUGGGGGAUAACUUCUCUUGGCAAGGGAUACUUUGAAUUCUCGUUCUCAUCUAUUGAAGACGUGAGGAGGGUCAGGUCCUUUACUUCUUGGAAUCUUAACCCGGGCUUUCUCAAGCUGUUCCCAUGGAGUAAAGACUUCAAUCCGUGUUUUCUCAAACACUCUUCAGCGCAGGUCUGGAUUAGAAUACAUGGUUUGCCGCAGGAAUAUUGGAGACCGAAAAUUGUGUUUGCCAUUGCUAGCAGUGUGGGCACUCCACUAUGUACUGAUUCUGCAUCUAACAAAAAUUGCUUUGAAAGACCGUUUGGCCAUUUUGUGAGGGUUCUGGUUGAUCUAGAGUUGUCACAAGAACUUAGAUACAAGGUUUUGGUUGAAAGGAAAGGUGGUGGUGCCUUGGAAGGGGAAAAACCUCAAGGGAAAAAGAUGACUAAGAAGGUUUAUUCGCAGGUGGUCAAGGAGAAUGGUGCGCAACAAACUUUGCAGGGGGCCCCAGAGAUCCCAUCCGAGGUCAAUCGCAAAGGAAAGGGCGUGGUUGAAGAUGUUACUAAUGAUAAGGACACAUGUAUUGAGCAUGAUAUUGCACAUAUCGCUCAGCAAAACAUGGAGCUUGGGGAAACCUCUAGAGUAGUUAAUAUUGUGAAUACUAUUUUGGAAGUUUUGGCUCAACCAGUUACUCUGGCUGAAGAGGAAGAUAUAGAUUCAGAAUCUAUGGACUCUAGCUUUGUAGCAGCUACUGUCACUAGCGGGGAGGUAGAGGCCCCCGACUGCAACCCUCUGUUGGGUCCUGUUCAGCAGGACGCGGCUUUCCAGGACACUUCAUGGCAUAACUUAGCUAAUGCGGAGAUUGAGAGACAAGGCAUUGGAGAUAAUAGACCAACAGUAGCAGUGGAAGAUGAUGGUUUUCAACAGGUUAGAUCAAAAUCAAAGUCUAGGAGGAAAUCACAGAGGAAUAAUUCUAUAAAGAAUGGUUACAGCACUAGGUCAAGACCUGGUAGUGCGCAAAAUUCACCAUGA